AUGACUAGGUUUCAGGGAACUCAUCCAACAUUAGAUGAGGUGCGUGCAUACCUAAACUCGGACCACUUGGAGGAGAUGCGGCACAGCAUCCACCAAUCAGCGGCCGACAUGUGGAUCGCGGAGGAGCAAUUCAAGUCGUGUCUGGAGCAAGCUUUGUCAAAUCAUCCCUUCGCCACCUCCCAGCCUUCUCGUCGUUACGGCGACGCGACAGGCGAGGAGACGAUGUCAAGUGGUGCUGCGUUCAUCAGUCCCUCGUCUACUUCAUUGACAGCUUCGCGCGGCGUACGUUCCGCAAUUCCUGACAGCAGCAAUUUGUCGCGGGAGCGAAACAACGGCCUGUGCUCCUUGCUGAAUCGGUAUCGACGAAAGAUAUCCCGGCAUUUGUCCUGCUCGUAG